AGAAUUUUCAUGCUUCCGUUAGAUCUUUCACCUCAUUUACAUACAGAGGAGUGCAACUUUUUGAUUCGACUCUAUAAAGAAUGUGAGCAAAAUAUGCCCUUUUUUAAGCGAGUUAUUUUACAAGAAUGUGAUCAAUGGAAAAUUGCAGCUGCUCACUGCCUUAAACAAGAAAGGAUUUAUCGAAGAGAUACUAAUCCCAAAUAUGCUAAACGGCUUGUUGAGCAUCGCCGCUUGCCUGAGGAUAGAUAUACACCUACCUUAAAGAGGUUAAAAGAAGAAGGAAAAUUAAAUCUUGAUGAAGAAUGUUCUUGUAGGCGUUGA